UAUAGGUAAUUAUUAUCAUCGGCAACAGACGGUGGUUGCGUCUUUUUCAGAGACGAAAAUCGCUGCCAAAAGAUCUGGACGAAAUCUUUGUAUAUCAACAUCGAUUGACCGUUUUCGUAUCGCUCAUAUCCUCCUCGCUCAGCGAUACGCGAAAGUCGGUUUUGUUUAUUUCCGUGGGUUCGCGGUCUCGUUUUUCGGUUUAAUAUAGCGAAUUUUAGUGAUUUUGGUGACUUUUGUUGUUAUGAUUUCGAGCUGUGAGUAGUAGACUUAUAGAUACGUUUAGUGGAUCACCAGUGGCAUCCUGCCCCGCAUGGCACGACGGCUGAGAUCAACUGACCAACGCCCACACCUCGGGUUGACCAAGGCACGCAUGAAAAGUUACAUGAGAAGAAGCACCAGCUCGUUGGCGUCCCUACGCAGGCAGUUCAGCAGAGACUUACAGGAAUGGCCGAAAACGACAUGGACCGUAAAAUCGAAAACGUUAAAGUUAACGGAACAGAAGUGAGUGAACAGACGCGCGUCGACGGUGAUGGUCUCGUGGCGAGCGUCCAGAGCGGCGCAGCCACCCCCCGUAGCAUCUACGAGAACCCGAUAGUGCGACAUAGCACCCCUAUAGAAGAGGAAAAACCCACCCUUAGGGUGCAGUUCAACAAGGAAGAUCACCAGAAUGAGCCGGGGGUCAGGGAGCAGCUGUUGCGCUCCAACGACAGCCUGUCCUCCAGCUCCAGCUCGAGCUCGGAGAGCGAAUCGUUGGAGUACACCGAGGCCAGACCCCCGGACGGCGGUUGGGGGUGGGUGAUAGUAGCGGCUUCCUUCAUGGUGAACCUGAUCGCGGACGGGAUCACUUUCAGUUUCGGGGUGAUAUUCGUGGAGUUCGUGGACUAUUUCAAGGCCGAUCGGGGUACCACGGCGGUGGUUGGUGGGUUGUUCAUGGCGAUGCCGCUCCUGUCCGGUCCCAUAGCCAGCUUCCUGACCGAUAGGUACGGCUGUCGCAAGGUUACCAUAUUCGGAUCCAUCCUGUCCUCCAUAGCCUUCGUUGUGAGUUCCAGGGUCAACAGCAUGAUGAUGCUGUAUCUGACGUUCGGCCUUAUGGCCGGUUUCGGGUUGAGUCUUUGUUACGUCGCCUCCGUGGUCAUUGUAGCUUACUACUUCGAGAAGAGGAGAUCCUUCGCUACCGGUUUGGCGGUUUGCGGCAGCGGUAUCGGCACUUUCAUCUUCGCCCCGCUGAUCCAGUUCCUCCUGGACGAAUACGGGUGGAGAGGCACCACCUUGAUCCUCGCCGGUCUAUUCUUAAACUUAGCCGUGUGCGGUCUGCUGAUGAGGGACCUCCCGUGGACCUUCAAGAACCAGAAGAAACUCGCGAGGGAGAGGAAGAGAAACCGCGAACUCAAACGGAGGAAUAAGGGCUCCUCCGUGGACACCUUCUCGGUGAGCAACAGCACCAACACGGCGAGCGCCCUUCAACCGAUCCUGGAGGCCGCGGAGAACGAGACCGCCAACAGCAGUCAGGAGAACAGGCUCUAUUCGUCCCUGGUCAACCUGCCCACCUACGUGGAGAACGGCGAGAAGGUACCGAUCGAGGUGAUCGAGCUGCUGGCCUCCCACAAGAACGUGUACAACGUGCUCAAGCAGAACUACCCUGGGUUGCUGUCGCCUUCAAGGAGUUUCAGCGAGUCCGCCGGCCUGAACAACGAGGUCUACAACAACAUCAAGGCUAUCGGCAACGCCGCGCCCGACAGCAAGGUCCCCAACGAGGAGAUGUACCUGAAAUGGUUCGCGAAAUCGUCCACGCCCCCCAAAAGGACCCCGAAGACGGCGUUCUUGAACGACCUGAGGAUACAUAGGUUAUCCGUGUCCUACAGAGGCGCCAUGUUGAACAUCAACCGUUACAGACUCAGGGCGUCCUCCUGCCCCGACAUAUACCGUAACUCUAUGACGACGAUCGCCAAGGAGAAGAACCAGUGGUUCUCGGCUCUGUGGGACCUUUGGGAUCUUUUGGUGGACAUAAUCGAUUUUUCCCAUUUCGCCGAUCCGAAGUUCCUGGUCUUCGCCCUGUCCAAUUUCCUCCUGUACACGUGGUACGACGUGCCGUACGUCUACAUGACGGACUACGCGACGACAGUCUUGAAGGUGACGCCCGAAAAUGCCUCCUUGCUGAUCUCCAUGAUCGGCAUCGUGAACAUGGUUGGCGAGAUAAUCCUAGGGUGGAUGGGGGAUCGACCUUGGGCGAACGCGGGCCUCAUCUACGCCUUCUGCAUGGCUUGUUGUGGUGGAGUAACAGCUCUCAUGCCAAUGACUACAGACUACACAGUCUUGUGCGCCUUGUCGGGAGGUUUUGGUUUCUUCAUUGCCGCCAAUUACUCCCUAGUCUCAAUUAUACUGGUGGAAUUGAUAUCGAUCGAUAGGUUUGCGAACGCCUAUGGGCUCCUACUGCUUGUGCAAGGUUUCGGUAACCUCAUAGGGCCGUCAUUAGGAGGUUAUAUUUGCGACGUAACAAAGAGUUACAACAUCACGUUCCUAUCCGCCGGCCUAUGCAUAGCAAUAUCCGGUGCUUUCUUGUUGAUCCUUCCGAUUUUGAAGAAAUAUCGAAAGUUCAUCUCUAGACAGGUAUCCAACGUUUCCAUAGAAGUGGAGGAGUCUAACAGAAACUCCAGAACCGACCCCUUGGACGUCUUGGACGACGCCAAAAGCAAAAACGGCAGCACUAAACAUUAGAGAUCGGUUAGGAUGUAAGCGAGGUAAAAAAAAGUUGUUCGUACUACGGUAACGUUAAUAUUGUUGAUGAUAUACGAAUUAUAUUGAAAGUAGAUGAUAGUUUAGGAUAUCUCGUAAAAACCUUUUUGAGAUCACAGUUUUUAAAUAUUCUGAAUUUGGAAGUCACUUAGUAGAAACUACCUCUGAAAGUUUUUGAAUCCCGCUUAAGAUUAUGGUGUUAUACGAUGAAUAAAGUAGUGGUUAAGGUCGCCUUUUCGAACCUAAAGUUUUUAAAUAGGUUCUAACAAUCUAUUCGAGGCAAUAAUUCUACCCUAAAUUUUCUACACGAAUAAAAUGUUGAUCAUCUUCAAUCUAACAAACUUUAAUACUUAUUACCACACAAUCAUCUUGAAAACACACGUUACGUAGUCAAACUUCUCUUACGUAGUUUUUCUAACCUCUUAGGGAUGUUCAAUCAAAGCAUUACGUAAAUCAGUCACUUACGUAACAGCUUCAACCCAUUCUGACUGAUUUUUAGAACCGAAUGACCUUGAUUGGUUACUGAUUCAGUAUUAAGUAAAAAAUUUAAAUUACUGGUUUAACUCUGAUAAUAUAACGUAUCACUAUCCGAUUCUAGUAUUAUACUUUUUGGUUUGGAAUGUUUCUGUCUUUUGUGAUGUCAUUUAAUCAAAAAUUCUCUCUAUAUAAAACUUGCCUUAUCGAGUAUUAUGAUUUGAAUGUUCGUGUUUCGAAGUACCUUAUAUAUUUGCCAAUUUUGUAAAUAUGUUCAAAGUAUAGGGGCUGUGUAAUAUUAAUUUAUUUUGAGAUAGAUUUUAAGGAGAUAGAGAGUUAGGUUAAAUUCACUAGAAGAAGCAAUGAAGCACACCACGAAUGUAUUUUACUUUUAUUUGAACGUUACUCAACGAAUAUACCCGGUUUUUGAAGGAUUUCAAUUUAGGUGGCCGGUAUUUUGUGUUGUUUACGGAAGUCUGAAUUCAUUUUGUUUUUCGAAAACAAUUUUUUUUCUCGUCUAUUGUGAAUAUAUCAUCAGUUUGAUUGAAAAAAAUUUGAAGACGAUUACUUCAUCGAUAUUUUGAAAAAAAAUUGAUUGGUAAUGUAUCUUCAUAUGAUGAAAGCAUCAAGUUCAGAUUCAUCUGAUGUUUAUUAAAGGUUGAUAAUAUCGUUGUUGAAAUUGUUUUCAGUAUUUUUUUAUUGAGUCGAGUGUUAUGAGUGUAUAAGUAUAUCUUUUUUAUUUUUUUACACGAUUUUCGUUAGUUUGAAACUUUGGCCAGAUUUCUCGAGCUUUUACCAUUUUUUUUUCUUGUGUAGAACCUAAAUAGAUUCGUCAAAAAUUAGAAUAUUUUUGAUAAAAAGCAUAACUGUGAUUAGAUGAAAAUAGAUGUUAAUUUUUCGCAGCAACAGGUGACGGUAAUGUUUUACCAUCACAAUCAGUUUUUCUCUGACCAAUUCCAAAGUUUCUUCCUUUGUUGUAGUGAAAAUACUCUCUUUUAGAACGUCACGAUUUCCGUCUCCAACCACAUCUGUAUUUUAAUUGAAUGUUUACAAUUUUGACUGCUUAGUGUUAAUUCGAUAAUCUGAAGUUCAAUGCCGUAUUUUAACAGACUUUUACUUAUGUAUAUAGUUUUUAGCGAAACUAUAGUAAAUUUCAGUAUGAAUAAAAUCAGUAUGAUUAAA